CCUACGCGAGAGGUGAAGAGCAGCAGCAGACGAACGGAGUUCUGUGGGUGGGAGAGAGCUACCCAGUUCUUGUUGACUUCAAAGCUAGUAAUAGCUUGCCAUCUAGCUAGCCGAACAGGUUAUUCUGACGUUAGCAUCAUGGACCAGGACAACACUUCAGAGGACGAGACUGUUGGGCCAUCAGAGGAUCCGUACGAGGACGAGAUGCCUAGGCUGCCUCCGGGGCUCUCCGAGGCGGAGGCCGCUGAGGUGCUCUGGAACGUCCGGGCCCAGCGGCGCCAGGCAUCACCUGACCUACCUGAGACGGUCACCCGCCUCACUGCCUCCGAUGGCAGUCUGCUUUAUCUGGUUGGCACCGCCCACUUCAGUGACAGCAGCAAGCAAGAUGUGUCCAUGACGAUCCGGGCGGUGCAGCCAGACGUGGUGGUGGUGGAACUGUGCCAGUAUAGGGUGUCUAUGCUGAAGAUGGAUGAAGUCACACUGCUGAAAGAGGCCAAGGAUAUCAACCUUGAAAAAGUCCAGCAAGCCAUCAAACAGAAUGGACUGAUGUCUGGCCUGAUGCAGAUUCUCCUGCUGAAAGUCUCCGCUCACAUCACAGAGCAACUCGGCAUGGCUCCUGGCGGAGAGUUCAGGGAGGCCUUCAAAGAGGCUGGACGUGUGCCCUUCUGUAAGUUUCACUUGGGGGACAGGCCCAUCCCUGUGACAUUCAAAAGGGCCAUUGCAGCUCUCAGCAUGUGGCAGAAGGCCCGCCUAGCCUGGGGACUUUGCUUCCUGUCAGACCCCAUUAGUAAAGAAGACGUGGAGAAGUGCAAGCAGAAGGACCUGCUGGAGCAGACCAUGCUGGAGAUGAUCGGGGAGUUCCCUGCCCUCCACCAGACCAUCGUGGCCGAGAGGGACAUCUACCUCACUCACACCCUCCGCCAGGCCGCUCGCUGUGUGGAGGCUCCCCCUAAUGCCCAGAAAGUGCCUGCUGUGGUGGUCGGAGUGGUAGGCAUGGGGCACGUUCCUGGCAUUGAGAAAAACUGGGAGAAGGAGCUCAACAUUCAAGAGAUCAUGAGUGUCGCACCGCCCUCACGCCUGAACCGGGUGAUGGUCACGGUCAUGAAGGGCGCCGUGAUAGGGGUGGUGGGUUACGCCUGCUACCGAGUAGGGGGGAGCUUAGGCAGGGCUCUGCUGUCCCUACCUUCCGUUAAGUCUUUACUGGAGACGAUUAAGCCACCGCCUCCCGCUUGACCUCCCCCCCCCCCCCCCCCCCCCCCCGUUCCCACCACCCAACCAUGCGUCCCUCUUCUGAACAUGCGUCACCGCCCUGAGAAUAUGAAAGCAAUGCAUCUGCCACCACUGGCCUUAACAAUAAGAAGAGAGGCUGAAAGGACACGAUGAACCGGCAGUCUCUUCAAGACAAGGAAGUGAUCCACCGCUCCGGGGGAACCAGCACAUACUUGUGUUUUAAUGUCUGUCCCUGGUUUGGCACAGCAGGGCCAUACUGCCAAAGAAACCCUGUACUUUGUUUUCUUCGGUUUUCUUGUACUUGGAGCAACGGUACAUUUUCUACAUGCCGUUUAAUCUUCCGCCGCAUUCCUUCGAUUGGCUAGGAAUAGAUGUAGUGGUACGACUCUGUUCAACGGUUUCUUUCAAAGCACCAUUCUUUGACACGAUGAGGUGCCGGUUUCAGGUGGUCUGUCUUGAGCCCUGUUUCCAUUGACAUGCGUUUCUAAUACAAUCUUUUCCUUGUACUUCUCUGGAUCUGGGCACUAAAUGUUUCUUUUUUCUUAAUUGGCCCUUUUAAUUCCAAGCACUUUAUAAUUGAGUGUUAAGAGAUAUUUAUGUACAACCGGUAAAUGUUUGCUUAAAGAAUACAUUAUAUAUGUAAAUAACCUAUAAUAUGCAGUAGUAAUAGAAUACGGCAAAUGUAUGCAUACCAGUGUUCUGGAGAAAAUACCCUCAAGCCAUUUGUUUUGAACACUUUUUAUAUGUGGAAUAUCUCCUGGUAUCUGGCCACUGGCUUGAACAUGCAUUAUACACUUCGCAACUGGAAUUGAUUUACAAAUAUGUUUUCGCAAAUUAUCCAAGCAUAUUCCAAAUCACUUUUUGGAAUUGAUAUAAUUAUCUUUUAUUUCCUAAAAUAUAUCAUCAUGCCCGCAACAAUAUACCACAAGAAGUGCCUCAUAUCGCAGAUCUAAAGGGCUCGUUUUGAGUGUCAUCUUGAGAAAGUCGGUUAAAGGCAAACAUGAAUGAUUUAUGCGUUUUACAUUGACCUUUACCAAAUCAAGCAAAGAACUUUGAUGCAAUUACAAACUUUAUACUUGUUUAUCCUUUUGGUCCUUUUUUAAUAUACAACUGAUGUUGGCCUACACAUAUGUUCAUACUUAGUUGUCUUUGUUGAAUGGCAAUGGUACCUCACCUACUGCAUUUUCGAAGCAUACAUCUGUACAGCUAUAACCUGGUGUAACUAGCUUCACUGUGCCUCAGGAUAAUGUGUUGGCUUUGCAUUUUUGUAUUUGAUUUCACCUUGAAUGUGGAAAACACUUAAAAAGUAGGCUUUGAACUGACCUAAGAUACACCUUGAAGAGAUGGCCAACUAGAAAAUAGCAACAUGUAACUUUUGAGUAGCUACACAUAUACCAAUAUGAACAUCUGUAGAAUUUCCCAAAUUAUUAUUUUAAGAUGACGUGGUGCAUAGAGUAUGCACACUGGGACCUUCAUGACAAAAGUUUUGUUUGAAAAGAUUCAGAAUCAUGAACCAGAAUAUUUUGUCUUACUUUUUGUUGAAAGUAAAGCAUUGUGGGGUUUUUGUAGUGACAGUAUUGAAAAGGUCUAUAGAGGUUAGGUGGUUGGGAGGUAAAAGCCUUACAUAUGUUCUCUGCUGCUGCCUUUGGUCUGCGUUUUACCUCCAUCGUAGCUCUCAACAUUAGCGUGGGCUACAACUUGUAAAGCCAAUUUGUGCUGCACAAAAUCUACUCCCUAUUGGGAUGUCUCAAUGGUAAAGGCAAACGUUGGACUUUUUACUUUUUUUGGUCUUGUGACCCUGUGCACAACUUAAGCAACUGGAGGGAUACGUGUGUGUGCGUGUGUGUGUGAUUGUACAGUUCAGAUGGCGAUAGUAACAAUGGCAUGUUAGGAAAACCAUUUAAUGUUGGGAUCCACAUAAUCUGGUAUUUUGGUAAUUCCCAGGUAAAAAGUCCAUAAGAUGUCUUAGUGUUAUGUCGAAGAUAAACCGGACAUUCCCGGGGCUUUUAUUAUUGGGGUGGACUCUUCACUGGGUAGUGCCAGCUGUGAUUGUAGCAUGGGGUAUUGCACCCAACAUUGUUAUUUUCUGUGUGUCAGGUAAUAACAACAAUGUAUUUCUCCUUGAUUACACCAGCCUUGGAUAAACCUGAUGAAGCAGCAUAAGUCUACUUUUUUAUUCACUGUCAAUUUACAGAUCCUUAGCAGCAUGAUGCAAAGUCAAGUAUGACGUUCCUACUCAUAUAUUUUGAUUGAAGGAAAUAAAACGAGCGAAUGUAUUUCUUGUAUUAACAUUGCUCCCUCAAAGCCUGCUAUAUUAUCAAAUACAAUUAUAAUCAACAUUUUCUGCAUUGGACAUUAAUAAGUAAAAUAAACUGAUGAUUAAUAUUA